AUGCGUACGACCAACUUCCCUCCCGAAUUCAAGACAAAGGUUGACAUGACCAAGAUCAACCUGGAUGUCAUCAAGAAGUGGGUGUCCGACGAGGUCGCUCGCAUCCUCAACAACGAUGACGACGUUGUCGCCGAGAUGAUCACCAACAUUCUCAAGGACUCGAAACAUGCAAGUACUCUUCCUUUCCCCGACCGUCCCGACAUCAAGAAACUGCAGACUAACCUCGCCGGCUUUCUCGACAAGGAUGCCCCUGCCUUUUGCCUAGCGCUGUGGAAGAUGUGCUUGAGCGCCCAAGACGACCCCAGUGGCAUCCCGAAAGAGCUGAUUGAGGCAAAGAAGAUGGAGCUCAUGCAAGAGAGGGUACGCAUAGUGUUUAUUCGGUGGACUUGA